AUGCAAGGUUGGAAACGCAGCUUCUUCUCAGUGGGUGGAAAGGAGGUUCUAAUAAAAAGUGUUGGUCAGGCAAUUCCAGCUUAUGCUAUGAGCGUUUUUAGACUACCAAAAGGUUUCUGCGAAGAGGUUUCUCAAAUGUUUGCUCGUUUUUGGUGGGGAUCUUCGAACGAUACAAAGAAGCUCCACUGGAUGAGUUGGGAGAGAAUGUGCCUUCCUAAAGAGUUAGGGGGCCUAAACUUCAGAGAUUUGGAAGGCUUUAAUCAGGCUUUGGUGGCCAAACAGGUUUGGCGUGUUCUACAGAAUCCAAAUAUCCUAGUUUCCAGAGUCCUAAAAGCAAAAUAUUUCCAUGACUCGUUAGUGCUCCAAGCGACUCACCUCCGAAAUCAAUCAUAUUUCUGGAAAGGUUUCAUUUGGGGGCGGGACCUUCUAAUCAAGGGGUUGCGUUCUAGAGUUGGCAAUGGUUCGACCAUUAAUAUCUUCUCAGAUCCCUGGAUUCCGCGACCCUAUUCCUUUCGUCCUAUCACAGCACCUUUUGGUCCUUAUGAUGUUAAAGUGGCAGACCUUAUCAAUCCUAAUGGACAAUGGGACGUUCAUCUAAUCUCUUACAUUUUCUGUGAGGAAGACAGAGAUCUCAUUCUAUCGAUGCCCGUUAGUCCAUACAAUUCUGUUGACUCUUGGAUUUGGCAUUUUGACAAGAGAGGACACUACAAUGUUAAAAGUGUUAUAAACUCUAUAUACAUCAGAAGUGCAAUGGUGUAUCUACAAGUGCAGGCUCUAGGGGAUAUAAUUGGAAGACUUUUUGGGAGCUAA